ACCACAAGCACUGUGAAUAAAUUAUGCUUCACGAAAGAACUGAAUACAGGGGUAAAAGAUUCAAAUUAGCGUGGACCAUAUUUCUCUCUUUAGUUGUUUUGAUUGGAUUUUGCCUUGAGUGUAGAAAUUACAUCAAAGGUUCCACUGCGGUGAUUGUAAAGAAGUAUGCAGUAGUUGGUGAUUUUGACAUAACUUAUGAUAAGUUAUUUCCAAGGUAUUAUCAUGCAACGGGUCUUUUAACUUUACCUUACGAUAAUGUAGUGGAGCCAUUUGAGUCAUGGUAUGCAGGAGAGAAAAAUAUGAGUCGAAUUGAUUACUAUUACGGAAUGGAUAAAACAAUUCAUCGAGGAGACAUGGGUGAUGAUGGAUUAUUAUUCAAAAUCAUUCCGAAACAUACUGAUCCUCAGCCGUCAAAGACGUUUUUUACAAGUUGUUGGAUAAGAAAACUUCAAUCAAGAGACUCACAACGAGGACAGAGUGUAAUUCCUACCAAUUUAUCAGAAUUCAAGCUCCGAGGUAUUGGUUACUACAAAGGUCAGAAAUGUCGAAAAUACGUGCGAACGAUUAUCGAGUGCAAUAAAACGAAUACAUACACAUUGUACAUUACUAAUAAUAAACCAUAUAAACCUUUGAAAUAUGAAAUGAUGGGGUACAACGACUUGUUAAACUCUCAUUACGAUCACUAUGUACUUGAGUACGUUACCUUCAAACCUUGGGCAUUUAACUUCUCUAUUUUUAAAAUUCCUGCAGAUACCUGGUGCGCAAAAAAAGCAAGAAUAAUCAAAUCUCGAUAUUUCAUGAAUCCAAUGUCAGAGUUCCUACACUUUCAUCACUCCAAAGAUGAAGAAAUAGAAAAACAUUUUCGCCAUUUUAAGAAAGCUUAUUUGAAGAACUAUAAAUAUCACGAAGAAAACGAGCGAAGAAAACAUAUAUUUAAACACAACGUAAGAUUCAUUAAUUCUCGGAAUCGUGGUAACUAUGGUUACUCUCUUUCAUUGAAUCAUUUGAGUGAUCUAAGCGAAGAGGAGAUGAAGUCACAUCGUGGAUUACUUUCUCAAAAAGAUUAUCAUUAUUCCAAGAAAGCCAAUGUCAAGAAGAAAACGGAAGAAAAUAUGUCUAUUCUGGAUUUACAUGAAGAUCCAGACUAUAAAGAAAUCCCCAGUGAAUUGGAUUGGAGAGAUUUUGGAGCGGUUUCAAAAGUUAGCAGCCAAGGCAUCUGUGGAUCUUGUUGGACUUUUUCCAUCGCUGCUCCAAUCGAAGCACAUCAUUUCUUUCAGACUGGUAAAUUGAUCGAAAUAUCAAAACAGCAAAUCCUGGACUGUUCUUGGGGAAGCGGAAAUCAUGGUUGCCGUGGAGGAUUUCCUUUAAAAGCCUUAGCUUGGGUUGUUCGUAACGGUGCUGCGACGAAAAAAAGUUAUGGACCUUACUUAGGACAAGAAGCAUAUUGUCACUGUAGUCCUAGAGACAAUUGCACCAUCAUUAACAAUACGAAAGCUUUUCAUCUUGUGAAGCCAAAUACGAUAAAAACCAUGAAAGUGGCAAUCGCUAAAUAUGGACCAUUAUCUUGCAGUAUAAACGCUGAUGCAAAAACGUUACGUUUUUAUUCUUCAGGGGUUUAUAAUGAUUUGGAUUUUUCAAAAAAGAGAUCUAACCACGCAAUGGUGUGUGUUGGUUAUGGAAUCGAGAGAAAUGUAGGACAAUACUGGAUAUUAAAGAACACCUGGGGUCCUUUAUGGGGUGAAAACGGAUUCAUAAAAAUUUCACAAAAAGGAAAUAUUGCAAAUAUACACGGUGGAAAACUUUUUACCAUCAAAAAGAGUACAAACAUUCCCACAUUUCCACAUCGUUCGUUAGCAAAACUCAGAAAAACCAACAAUUUUUAUGGACAUUUAGGUUUCUAAAUUUCGUAGUUCUAUAACACUUGUGCUGUGAAAAUUUUGUUGCAUUUGGUUGAGAUAAAGUUACAUAAACAAUUUUUUCAAAAUUUCACAAAAAAGUCUUUUUGUAUAGUCUUCGUUCCAUUUGAAACAAAUAGACGCAAACAGCUCCAAUGAGGGAUGGGGGCACAACGAAA